UUAGCCAAUGUGGAAGGAAAGUUUGUGGAUUCAACUGUAAAGCUUACAGAGAAGACGAAACUGGAUUGUGUAUAUCCAAAGAAAGCCAUGAUAAUCCAGACAUCCUGGGUGAAAAGUAAUUUAACUCAUAAAGAAAAUAUAGCUGUCUUGCAUCCAGUCUAUGGCAUACAUAUUGAAGACAGUUACAAAGGAAGAAUUCAUUUUCAAAAUGAUUCCAGUGAAGACAAUUCCUUAUACUUCAUCAAGAGCACUCUGGAAGAUGUUGGUCUUUACUUUUGCUCCGUUCAAACUUAUCCAGAUGGAAUUUGGGAAAAGGUAACAAAAGUUAUUCAGCCAGCUGAUGCUUUUGAAGUACCUGAGAAACAAAAUAAUCCUGUGUUUACUGAGCCAGGAGGAAAUGUCACUUUUAUUUGCCCUUAUAAUAUUGGCAUUUCAGUGCAGCAAGUGAUGUGGGAAAGGAUUAAAGCAGAUCAGAUAGAUAGCAUUGUCCUGUGUAACUCAUUAGGGGAGAAAAUCUUUGGUUCAGAUUUCAAAGAGCGUACACUGGUGGACUGCACUCCCGAGGCAAGCUCCAUGAUCGUCCUUCAAAACAUUACAGCUUCUGACUUUGCAAUGUACCGCUGUGUAGCUACUGGAAGAAAUAACACCUAUGCAAUGAGUUUUACAAUGGCUGUGACUUUGGAUCAUCAGUGGUUUAUUAUCUACAUAGCGGGAGGAAUUUCUACUGUUUUUUUACUGUUAGUUUUCCUACUGAUCUUCUGCAUCACCACUGCUUAUCACAAAAAAAGGAAGAGGAUGACACAGACCUUAGCAAAAGCUUUGUACCCUCCUCAGACUCGGCCUGUUAACAGUUAUGGAAGAUCCAAUUUUCAUGGUACAGAGAACACAGAACGAAGAGAAGAGUCAUCGCUCAGCCAGACAGAGGAGAUUUACGUCAACUGCAGAAAUAUCCCACGCAAACCCAAGAAAAGACUAUUAACUUUCUUCUUAAAAUGAAGUAACCAAAGUGCAAUCAGUGUAUUUGCAUCUUACACUGGGUUCUGUUUGCACCAGCUUGACGUGGAGAGCGAAAGUGGCUGUUCCCAGCGCCGCCCAGGCUGCCACUUGCUUCACCUUACACCAAGUUUGUCUUUACUACAUGGCAGCCUACAGCACUGACACAUCAUCUGAUUCAUAUGUACAAGUAAAGGCUAUUUGUACCAUUACAAUUUAAGCAUUUUUUUUUUUUACCCAGUAGGUAUAUUAUUAAGCAAUAAUUUCAGAAUGGCUCUGAUAUGCAGAACAGAGCUGCAAAUGCUUGCAUUAAGUUAAUUUGGUCUGAGAAAUCCAUGUGUCUAAGAAGUGUAUGUGACAGGGUGUGAAAGAAAAUGUGCUUGUUGUUGUCUAUAUCUAUGCCUUUUGUAUCUCAAAUUCAGAGAAUUUGAGAACUGUUAUAGAAUAAAAAAUAUCCAUAAUUUUCCACACCGUAGGUGUUAUUAUGCUGCUGGGCAAACAGUAUCAUUUAGCUGACAAAAGAAAAGGUCCUUGAACCCAGAUUUAAAACUAUGAACAGAAGCUUGCUCUCUGACAGCUGUAUGGUUAUACAGGCUUCUUGCUGCUCAACAGGUUAUUUCAGCACUUGCUAUUUGGGGAUGAAAGAGAAGCUUAGCCUCUGCUUCACACACACGCGCACACACACGCGCACACACACACACGCGCACACACACACACACACACUCUUUAACGCCCAGGAGAAAAUAAAGCACUCAGACUCUGUCACUGUCAAGUUAUAUUUAAUAAUAAUUUAUUAUAAGGUUUAGUUGCACAAAAAAAUAAAUGAGAACAUGGAAGAUACAUGGAUAAAUGGCGCAAAGGAGAAAAAAGCGUGACUGAGAACAUUUACAAAACAAUAUACAUACAGAUGUGUGUAUGUGUGUAUGUGUAUAUAUUCUGCUGAAACCUACAGAAGAAACCACACAAAAAUAGAACAAACAAACAAAAAAAUCCUCAAACAAACAGAACCAGAAGGCAGACCUGAGAAUUAAGAUCUACACAUCUUUUGGCCUUUGACGAAUCUGCUUUAUUACUAAAGAUGGACUCCCAGUAGAUGAAGAUGUUACCAUGAUGGCUAAUAAUCGUAUAUGUCUGCAUACCACAAACUGCAUAUGCCUGGACCACCUCUGCUUGGUUCCCCUUUUUUCUUGAAACAUCAGUAAAAGUGUUCUUAAAUAUGAUUUUUUUUUUUUUUUUUAAGAAA